GACUGCUAAAAAUCAGGAAACAAAACUGUUUUCACAACAUAUCAUAAUUUUGAAGUUCAGCCAGGCAUAGUUUUGAUAUUCGCACCAUCAAAAUACUGUUCUAUUUCAGCAUUAAAGAGAUACUCAACUUACAAAGAAAUUUAAAAAAGAAUUAAUGUAUAUAGUUUAAAUGAUUAUGUUCAAAAUGAUGUGGAUUGUUUUCCUAAGUUGUGACCAGUUGCCAUGGGGUCAGUACGCCUUAUGCAAGUUUGAAAAGUUUUCUGUUGCUUUCAAUUUGCUGGAUAUUAUGUCAUGCAAGAGCACAUCACAGCACUAUGUCUGACAAACCAACAUUGUGCAUAUACAUAAUAAAUUCAUGAUAAUUCAUUAAAUGCCUCUCUCUGAGUCAGAAGCUAGUUAAUAUGAUUAUAUUGGUCUUUUAUAAAGUAAUUUAUUAUUACAGUGUCAGUAGGUUGUAUACUUUGUGCCAAUUGUAAUUUUCAGGACCUGUAAAAGAUGCUACGAGAACUUACAUUUAUGGAACAGUGAAAUGUGAGGGUGUAGGAUGUUGUCAGACACAAUGACUUGCCAGCCAGUGGAAGAAGACCUUGUAGAUUGCUUGAUUUAACAGUACAGGAUGAUCGAUAUCCUGGCAUUGGCUGUAGGAUUGGCUGCUCUUGUGGCCGUGGUUCCUCUUAUAAUAGGAUGUGCACAAUGCUUCCACAGGUUUCUCGGAUUUAAGGAUAAUGUUGGUUACAGUCAGGACAUUGAGUCUGGUCUGGGCUCCACCCAAGACCUCCCUGCUGCUGAUGGCACGCUGUACCCACCUGGGGAGAGUCUAGAUACAGAGAGCAUUAAGGGAAUCACCUUUGAACCAUUACCUGACAUUGUGGGUCACCAGACAGCUGCUGAUUCUGCCCUCAGACCCCGCGUCUCCACUGUUACAGCUAGUGAGAACAUCAGACAAGCAGGAUACCGUUAUGAAGUUCCUCGGGGCCAGUUGUUUUAUGUCACAGAGGUGGGCUCUGGCUGGUUUGGACAAGUGCUACAAGGUGAUGCUGAGAAGCUGCGGUUUGGUCAGAGCAGAACUAAAGUAAUUGUCAAGGUGUUGAAGGACGACGCCACGCCAAGAGAACAGCUGCAGUUUCUGGAGGAGGUGCGAGUUUUCAGAGAGGUGGACCACCCCAAUGUACUGCGCUUCUUGGGCCAGUGUACAGAAACCAUACCAUACCUUACCAUUCUGGAGCAUGCAGCUAAUGGAGAUCUAAAGAGUUACUUGCUGAGCAAUAGAGAGGAUCAAGAAGCCUUCCUGGAACGUGGGAUUCUGCUGAAGUUUGCUUGUGAGAUGGCCGCAGGAUUAGCAUGUAUGCACCGCCAUGAUUUUAUACACAGAGACUUCGCCACUCGAAACUGCGUGGUGACCAAUGACUUCUGCGUGAAGGUUGGAGACUAUGGGAUAUCGGAGGAUAUUUACAAGGAUGACUAUAUGGCGCUAGAGGAUGACUUGAUCCCAAUCCGCUGGAUGGCACCAGAAACCGUGGCUAUUCAGGAUGGAAGAAUACAGGUCACGGAAAUUACACGACAGGCAAACAUUUGGUCGUUGGGUGUAGCUCUGUGGGAACUGUGCAUGCUGGGAGAGCGGCCCUAUAACUACAUGACGAAUGAUGGUGUGGUCACACAAGUGGUGCUGGAGAGGUUUCAGCAGUUACCAGAGCCCACAACACCUGUUCCCUGGAGGAGCAAAGUAUAUGACGUGAUGAAGUUUUGUUGGAGGGAUGAACGUCCAAAUAUCGACACUGUAUAUAAAGCAUUACAGCAUCUCUGGACAGCAGUCAGUGAUUCCAUGAUGGCUGAGUUUGAUGCUAAAUGGAAGCUGCUGGUGGAUGAGAAACAGUCACGAUCUGGGUCACAGACGAGCUCUGGAGAGAUGGAGAAGGAGGUGGUGGUUAAUGGUUCUGGCCCCCCUAUAGGGCACCAUGAGCUUAGAGUGAAGGCAGAGGUACUGGCUGAGGAGGAGAUAGCCGGCAGUGCUCAGCACAGGGAUCUUCAGGAACUAGCUACAAGCUCCUUGGGAAUUGACCUCAUUGAGAACUUUACACCGUCCAAGAAGACCGCCGGAGAAGAACUCUUCCAAAUGACCAGCACACCCAUAGACAAGUCGGAGAUGACAUCAAGCCACAUCACACCUCCUUCAGCAUCAUCAAACGCCGACGCUUUCAUAACAGCCAAGGAGAAUUUGUCCAUUACCCCAUCUGAUUCUGAGGUAACUUCAGAAAACCUGACUGAGGACUUGCAGAAGGCAGAAGAGGCACGCAUCACUGUGUCUGAUGUCUCAGACGAGGAGCUGGUUUCUCCAUUAGGGGGAGAUAACCAAGAGCUGACCCAGGAUGACACACGGUUGCUGAUAGAUGUGGGAAGUCCACAGGCUCCAGUCAGUCCUUCUGAGGAGGAUAGCACGUUGCAGCAAGAGAGCAGUGUCCUGAGCAGGCCUGACAUUAUUGAGGACCUUGUGCCUAGAGGUGCGGUGCAGAUCCCCUCUGAUGUACAGGCUCCCAGCUCAGAACACCUGCAUCCAAUACAGUCCAGUGUCCUAGAAGGCACUGAGGACCCAGGAGAGAGGGAUGCAGAUGGAGAGUCCUCAUCCCAAACCAAAGGCUCUGACGGGCAGGAGGUAUCACAUGCCAAAGAGGAGGGAGUGUCAGAGCAAGAGCCCACCCAGUCCCUCCCCACAGAGAAUGUCAGCAGGUCCCUCCAGCCACAGGCCACCUGAUAGCUUCCCUACCCCUCAGCCAGAAACAUAUUGCAUAACAUGAUCCAUAUUGUGGGUGAUGAAUGCUCGGUGUGGUCAUAAUAAGCCUUUCAUCUUACUUACAAAGACAAAACCAUCACCUGGGAAUAAUUACAGCUGAAUAAGGACUCAUGAUCAAACUUCUUCAUUAUGGAGGUUAUUCCAUAAUGUUACCUUUCAUGUACCAGUACCAUUGAUCCCUGCAGAACUCUUACAUCAGCUGUAUGUGUGGUACCAGUACAAUUGAUCCUUGCAGAACUCUUACAUCAGCUGUAUGUGUGGUACCAAUACCAUUGAUCCCUGCAAAACUUUUACAUUAGCUGUAUGUGUGGUACCAGUAUAAUUGAUCCCUGCAGAACUCUUACAUUAGCUGUAUGUGUGGUACCAGUACCAUUGAUCCCUGCAAAACCCUUACAUCAGCUGUAUGUGUGGUACUUAACGGCAUAUUUUUAUUCUUGCAUAGCAGCCUUUUAAUCGCUAACAAGAAGUUGUUGUAAUUAUAAAAAUAUAACAUCAACCUGUGUUCUUACUGUUUGUAGUCUGAUACAACCAGUAUCAUCAGUUUUUCGUCAGAACAAAUGUACAUUACUGGUUCUGAGUCUUAUGCAACUGACCCCUUUGUAUUUUGAUAAUAAUACUUUGAUGGACCGAUACAUUUUAAACUGGAAUUCAUCUAUUGGCAUAAAUUCAUGUUGCAAGAAACUGGUUGCAAUGAAAACUCAACAAAAUUACAAGUUCUGUGACAUAGCCUUUGUUUGGAUCAAAAUUCUGUAAUUCUCUUUCAAUGACUAAGUUGUUACAGAAGCUACUAGGUAUGCUAAGGAUGAUAUCUUUGUUACACCAGAAGAAGAAAUACAUGCUAGGAGUGAUAUCUUUGUUACACCAGAUUAUGGAGUCCAGAUAAAGACAAAAGUUCCAAGUUAAUUUUUUGGAAGUUCAUAUCAUAUCAGUGUGCAUUUUCGCCACAGUCAGGCACCUUUUUAUCCUGAUAAGCUUUUUAUUGCCAUUUUGAGAUACUUACUAGUGUAUUUAUGUGGAAAGUCUACCAACACUUUGUGUAUUACGUGUAUUAAGAUAUUUGAUUUUUAGAGAAUUUGAAGUGAUAAGUUUGCUCAUUUUUAUGUGGUCAAUUAGAUUGUGAGAGUUGCUGUAAAGAAAGACAGUUUUAUGUUCGUAAAAUGUGAUACUUUUUCAGACAUAUCUGUUAUUAAUAAUUAUUAGAAACUUUUGUACCAGAACUAAGAAACAAUAUGGUGAAACAAUUCUAUUUCUUGAUGAUUACAUUUCCCCCCCUUUUUUGUUACAUAUGAACGGGAUUCAGCCUGUUAAUUGAUACAACUUGGUGCUACGUUACACUGUUGAUUCUGUUUUAUGAUAGAUGUUAAUGUUAUGUUUUACACUGUUUGAAAUAGCUAGAAAGAUGUCGUGGUAGUAAGAUUUAGAAAGGCAUAUUGGUGAGUAGUUUUCAAGAUGCCUGUUCUUAAGAUUGUUAAAAUAUGAUCAGUAAUUAAGGUUAUGUGGAGCAACAUUCACUGUUUGUCAGGAUCCUGAAGCUGUCCUAAUAGAUUCUGGGAGCAGGUUAUUUGGGCUUAUUUAUAAGUUGCUGUUGUAUGAUAUACUGAAUGAGCAAUUACGCCUAGUCCAAAUCAGAAAGGCGAACAAGUUUUUCUUUGCCAAAGCAUUUGUGCCAUUUUGGGUUGCUUCAACAGUUAAGCAGCUGUUAAAUGUAGUGCUGAAAUGCCAUGUAUAGAUUGUAUAACUGUUAGACUCUAUUACAUGCAGUGUAUUUGACAAAUUUCGUGUUCACUGGAUGUGGGACAGGACAAAUUUCUGUAUUUCUGGUAUGCAAGCCUCUGAUGCCAAAACGGUGUCUUUCUCUUUUAUUUUCUCUCCAUUUUUCAAGCCUUCGAUAAAACAUGUCAAAAAUUCAUAUUUGAUUUACUGGGUAAAUAUCUUGAGUUUCUUUAUCUGACGCCAUUGCUAUUUCAACUGCAAUGGGAGCAACUGUUAGUAAAUAUGGCAGAUGACACUCUUUUGAUAAUAGGUAUGCAUAACAUGUAAAUCAGUUGGAAAUCUUUCACUUUAAAUCUGCUUAUUGUCAAAAUUACAUUUAUUAUUACCACUGUGUUGGAAUCCUCCAAGUCCUGUUUAUGAUUAUGGAGAAAAUCAGUUGUUCUCAGCUGGUAAAACUAACCUAUCCAGUCUGAGCAAACUCUUGCAAGCGAAGAGUAAGUAAGGGCUUAAGUUUGUGGUAUGUUCAUGUAUUCAUAAGUAGGCCUGCAUAUUCACUUGUGGAAUAUUCACUGUAGGAUUCAUAUGGCAAUGCUGAUAUUGCCGGAUUAUGUGAACAUAUCAUGUGGACAUCAUGAUUUAGCCCAGUUACACCACAAACUUUGGUGUAGGUUUCAUAUUUCUACAUAUUUAUACCUCAGUAAGCCCUCCUAUUUAAUUGGAAAUCAUGUUUGUUAUUUUUGUUCUAAUUUAAGUUUUGUAUCUUUAAUUUUUGAAUUGUACUUUUUGUAGUUCAUUUAGGUUGUGAUCAUUUCUGAUGAGGUUUAAAAUAUUUUGAGUGGCAGCAUUAUGUCCUGUUUGUGUUGUUUUCCUGGUUGCUUGUUGUAUUUAAUGAUGGCCUUGUCACUUGAGCAGCACCAUGCACAUGCUUGUCACACUGCUGUGCUUGACAGACAACAACCUACCUUGGGUUAAGAACAGUGUAACAUUGCACUUCAGUGGUAAAGGUCCCCAUUGUUUGGUGAACAACCUUGUUUAAUCUUACUGUAACAUUUACUUAUGGUCUGAUGAUUACUUUUGUUACUGUAUUAUGUUAAAGUAAGUCUUCUUGCAUAUUAUAAUUGCAACCAUAAACUUUCAAACCAAAACAUAUUAAAGAUUGUAUGUUUUAUAGGCAAAGAUCACCUAGAAUUUUACUUGUCCAAUCUGAUGGAGUAAAAUCCAAAGUAGGCUGGAAAACCGUUCAUGCGAUGUCAUCUGAUAUCAUUCUGGAAAUACAUGCGAUGUCAUCUGAUAUCAUUCUGGUAAUACAUGCGAUGUCAUCUGAUAUCAUUCUGGAAAUACAGUGCAUAACUAACUAAUUUGACAUGCUCUUAACAAAAAUCCAAAUUAAAUAAAAUUGUUCUUUAACAUAGUUUUAAUGCUCUAUAGCUUAAGAAAUUCUAGUUUUACUUUGCCUUUAAAUAAAUGAUUGUACAUGUACAUAUCAAGACAUAACAAAUUGUAUCUGAUAUCUUUGUUCAAGUCCUUUGUUCAGUUUAAUUCUGUGCGCGUACUUGUUUAAUAGAAUUCAUACUAACACCAGUUGUUCAUUGUGUAAUGAUGAAAUAUAUUCUGAACAAUUCACAUAACCUUCAUGUGUGCCCAGCUUAAAGAACAGAUAUUCUUGUUGCAUCAGUACUGAAUAAUUUGUACAAUGAACUUUUUUUAUGUGUGAUUUGAUUGCAUAUUUGAAGAGGACGAAUGUGACUGACAAAUAAUAAUAUGCAAUAUGUGAUAUUUAUGAAAGUUAUUCUUACCAGUGUGACAUGAAGUUUCUAAAACUAAUAAAUUAUACCUUAUUUAAUUGUAA